AUGAAGGACAUUGCGUUUUUCUUCUUGCCUGCGGGGAUCGGGCUGUCGUGCCUGUUGUUGAGUGGUGUGGCUCUUUUCCAGCGUAUGGCGAUAUCCAUCCAAAAAAGGAGCGUCAAUUUUCAGAUCUACAAAUACCAGGUGAACGUAUCGGUGUCCUCCCUAAUUUCGUUUUAUGCGUUGCUGCGGUUGGCCUUUACCAUCUUAGAGUUGCAAAAGCACAACGAUGAGAAGAACAGUUUGGACCUUUCCAUGCAUGUGCCCCACAUGCACAGAGCGUACCUCAAGAAGAUGCGACUGCAGAGGAACUUUUGGAUCCUUUUACUCUGCUCAAUUGCGUGGGUAUUUUACAUCCGCUUCACGUAUUUAAUAUUGUACUAUCGAGAGAAGGUUAAGAAGAGUGAUGAGGAAUAUGAAGCCGUCAUGGUGCUGAAGGGCACGCUGCACAAGUGCACUGAGAAGGUGGCACAGGAAGACGGGAACAGACAGAAGUACAGGAACGGAGUGAAGCACAGCGAAAGUUCUCAAGAGGAAGACAUAAUGUCGGGCAGUGACAUCACCACCGAUGGGAACGCCAACACAUCGGAGAAGUCAUCUGUGCUGGAGGACGGUCAGCGGAAGAACUCUAGCAUUCGGCAGCGCCGCUGA